CGGCCGGCCUCACGGGGCGCUCUUCCGGCGCGGAGGACGCGUAAUGCGCCGGGGGCAGAGGUUCUGCUUCCGUCAAGCCGAGCUGGGCCCCUCUUUGUGUAUGUACGGACCGGAACACAAGCUGCCUGUCUUCGCCCGGCUGCCUGUUUCAACUUCCGUGUCCGCCUGUUUCCAGAUAACUACGCUUUCCAGCGUCUGUUUUUUUUAGUCCUUUCAUUGUUACUGUCUCUUUCUCAUCCCACUCGGCCACUUUAACCCGCCCCAUCUCCAUGGCAACAGUUUCAGGUUCAGCCAUCCCGGCGAAUCUCUCAUCGACCGGCCCUCGCCACCAUCCAGGAGUUGAUUUUCGUUCACAGAGAAGCAAAGGCUGUUGACUUUGCUUUUCCAACCAUUGACAACCCCCACAGCUUUUCAACAGCAAUCGCUCUCUGGCAGCCACGCGCCGUAAGCCUUUCUCAGCUUUCUGUAACAUCUACGCCAGCUGUUGCGGCCCUGCUUGUCAAACAUUCUACGCCAGAGUCCAUCUCCACUUCCUGCAAGUUGUGGAGAGUAACACAGGAAGGACUAAAGAAGAAACCGUGAAAGGGCAGUUCUUGUAUCUAUUGGAAGGAAGACUUAUUUCCCAGGGCUUGUUCUCAUGCUCCUUGUGCAAUCUCAACUUUCCCCACGAACUAAAUUAGCAGCUAUGACUCUCAAAUCUGUACUUCCGGCCUGGACUCCUCUCCUAAGCUACAAAUCAAUAUAUCUGCCUACCUACCAGACAGCUCCACUCUGGUGUGAAAGGACAGCAUGAACUUUACCCCUACGCACUCCCCUGCCUGCAGAAAGCCUGCAGCUAUCCACAAACAUGAGGCUGCCGGCAGCUUCAGCAGCCCCGCCAGGUGGAAGGGCGUGUCCUUCUCCGAUUCUGUACAGUCGACUCCCCUGCCUUCAGUGGAGGAUCGUCUGGCUGUCCUCUGCCCCUCUCAGGAGCUUCUGGAAUAUUAUCAGAAGAAGAUGUCUGAGUGUGAGGCAGAGAAUGAGGACUUGUUGAAGAAGCUGGAGCUGUACAGGGAAGCGUGCGAGGGGCAGCAUAAACUGCAGUGGGAUUUGCAGCAGAGGGAGGAAGAGAUUGCCGAGCUACAGAAAGCUCUGAGUGACAUGCAAGUCUGCCUCUUCCAGGAGCGAGAGCAUGUCCUACGCCUCUACUCGGAAAAUGACCGCCUAAGAAUCAGGGAGCUAGAAGACAAGAAGAAGAUUCAGAAUCUCUUGGCUCUUGUGGGAACAGACACUGGAGAAGUGACCUAUUUUUAUAAGGAGCCUCCCAACAAAGUCAGCAUUCUCCAGAAGACUGUCCAGCCUGUAGAAGUAUGUGAAAAGAAUGAAUCUUCAGCUCUCAGAGCAGAUUCUAAAGGCAGCAGGAGGAAAUCAGCAGGGAGAGAAAAGGAGGUCAGCAUUGGGCUGCAUCAGAGAGACAUCCAGACCCUCACCCUCCAGGUGGAGGCCCUGCAGGCGCAGCUGGAGGAGCAGACCCGGCUCUCGCGGGAGCAGGUGGCAGGGCUCAUGGAGGAGAGGCGGAUCCGCAUCGAGGAAGUGGAGAUUCAUCAGCAGAGAAACCGGGACAGAAUCACAGAGCUCACCAGAAGUCUACACCACACCCAGGAGCUGCUCUACGAGAGCACCAAAGACUUUCUGCAACUCAGAUUUGAAAACCAAAAUAAGGAGAAGUCCUGGAUGCUUGAAAAGGAUCACUUGAUGUCAAAGAUUAAGGAAUACAGGGUGCAGUGUAAGAAGAAAGAAGAGAAAAUGGGGAAAAUGUGGCUAGUUCAUGAGAGUCAUCACAACCAAAAUGAAUAUAUUAAGUCCCUAAAGGAUAAGCUCAUACAAGAGAGAAGGCUGUCCAGCAUGUACCAAGAGCAGUGCAUUUCCUUGGAAGAAGAGCUGGCCCGGAUUCGUGAGGAGGAAGGAGUGAGGAGAGAGAUCUUUAAGGACCGCACCAGCAAGAUGGGGAGACGCCUGCAGGCCAUGACUAAGCGCUACGAGGCCUUGGAGACCCGGCGUGUCUUGGAGGUAGAAGGCUUUAAGACAGACAUUAAGAUUCUCCGGCAAAAACUAAAAGAUGUGGAGCAGAUACUCUAUAAGGCCACACUCAACGCCCAGGCAAACCAGGAUCUUGCCAUUCUCUGUGAGGUUCGUGAUAGCAAUCGACUGGCACACAAGAUACAGGGAGAACUGAGGAACCUCAAGUCCAAAGUGUUUGGCCUAGAGAACGAACUUAGGCUCUGCUGAUGUUACAUUUAAGGAAUGGCACAGGUCUGGAGUAGGUCUGCUUCCUGAAAUUCAAGAAGGUCAUCUAUUCCCAGCACAGAGUUGUCCAGAGUAGUGGUGUCCGUUGUUAUGAAGACAGGGGGAAGAAUCAACUUUUUUUUUUUUUUUUGCAUCCUAAGAUUUAUGGGUUUUGCUGUCCUGUUAACUGAUUUGGGUUUUUUUUUAUUAUUUGAUUUUUUUUUUUUUUUUUUGGUCUGGAUUACAACCUGAAUUACUUAGAGACUUUCC